AUGCUCACAAACCCUUCUUUUCCCAACAAUUUAGUGACUAGUCAACGUUCUCAAUAUCGCCAAGACGAUUACUGGCUUGCACCUGGACCAUCGCAUUCCCCGCGCGGACCGUCCAAGAUGCAACCUCAGCUCCCAUACCAGCAUCAACUGCAGCAGCAGCAGCAACAGCAACAGCAACAGCAACAGCAGCAACACCAAGCUCCACAACAGUCGCGCCCGCCUGCUCAUGAACUCUCCUCUGCGCUCGAGUCAGUUCACCUUUCAAUCAAGAAACCUAGCGUGGUGUCCAAAUCAUCAGCCGGAAUGGCUUUGUCUUCAUCUGGUCGUCGGCAGCAGCGCUCACCGCGGUCUCGCUCAUCUCAUCCAUACAUGGACGGAAGAGCGACCCGACCGGUGGUGCAGCACCCGCACGCUCCGAUCGAGACAACUUUCGUCGCCCAGAACACAGGCGAUAUGAUGUGCUACCUGUGGUUCUCCUCAAGUUUCAAACCUAAAGCUGGGACGCCGACUAUCGUCGUCGAGAGCAAUGUUCCACCGGAUGUCAAAGCCGAACUAGCACGACUGCAGUUUAACCCAUCUGCCGAGUUCAUUAGCUUCCUGGGUACUCUCCUUUCCACCACUCAAGUUAGCCAGAGCGUCAUCAUUCUCUCGCUUUAUUACAUCUACCGCCUGAAAUUGAGCAAUCCUCACAUACGAGGUAUGGAGGGGAGCGAGUUUCGGUUGGCAGUCAUCGCGUUGAUGCUAGCCAACAAAUUUCUCGACGAUAAUACAUACACCAAUAAAACCUGGUCGGAAGUGUCUGGGAUCAGUCUUGGUGAAAUCAACCUAAUGGAGCGUGAAUUCCUUGCUGGUGUCGAACACAGCUUAUACAUCGACUAUGGUACCUACCAACAUUGGGGGACUCUCCUGAAUGGCCUUCUCAUGGCCAAAGAACGGGAAACGCAGUCCUGGAGACGGCGUUAUACCGAUCGAUAUGUUGUCGGAUACCCAUCUCAUUCUCCAGUACCGUCUCAGCCUCCCUCCAAAGCGGCCCUACAUCCCCCUUCAUAUCCAUCACGACAUAGUCAACGCGCACGAUCCACUUCGCCCCUCCUCACGAAUCGGCAUUCAUCCACGACAUACCCCUUCACUUUUGCAAUAUCCGGAUCCCAGGCGAAUCCUUUCACUUUGCAAGUAAAGACAGAGCAAGGUGGACAUUUCCCAUUCCCUCACUCAACGUUUACCUCACCUACGAAACCCGUGAUAACAUCCUCAAAGAGAAGCGCGCUUGACGCGUUCUCUCCUCCACCCCUCGUUCCGCUCAAGUUGCCCAAGCGUGAAUCCCCCAGCACCGAUGGCAGUCCGAUGGAUGAUUCGCCUAUGGAUCUUACACCUAUCGACGGAAUGAGCAUUGGAAUGGCGAGCGCCCCUACUUCACCGGUUGAGAUUGUGAAACCUCAAGAGCCAAUGAAGCCGAGAACCCUUCAGGCGCCGUAUGAGCAUGACCAUGUCAAGCACACGAGCGCUAUGCCCCAGUACCUCGCAUUUAAUACUUUGGCUUCAACUCCAAUGGAUGAAGUAUUAACAGGUUCAGAGGCUCGUGUUGGUGUUGGUGCUCGAAAGACGGUAUUACGCUAUCAUGAUCCCCGUAAACUGCCACCACCCGAGGCCUAUCCUCACCAAGUUUUCAAUCUCGGACCAUUAACUUCAUCCUCAUUGUCGUCGUCGUCGUCGGUUCCUGGCUAUUUGGUCUAUCCUCAUAGACGGGACGACUUUGUUCCGAUGCAAACUCAAUCAGCACGGACGAGUCCGAGGGAUGGCGGUCAUUGGGGUAUGACUGGACCUGUUCAAUCGCGUCCGUACCGCACAUCUCUGAAAGUACCAUUGGUACAAGAGAAACCUACAGUGUCCGCACCUUCCGUACCUGCACAUCCACCUAGAAAUGCCGUGGGUGAGAGACAACGUCAGAUUGCACCUUUCGCGAAUGCCGGUCCUCCAGCUGUACAACACUGGACGUCCAUCCCUGCAGCGGUGUCAUCCUAUAUGUCUGUGGCCUCCGAUUUUCAUCCUUCGCCAGCGACGGCUGAGACGGGAGGGAUUGGAAUGAGACUCCAGGUACCAGGCGUUUUGGCCCGUGUGGGUCUGAAUGGCAGAUCUAGUGCUUCGGCCGAUUUCGGAUCACCUGUGCUUAGGGGAAGGCGAAUGUGA